AUGUUUAGUUUAAGACACGAUGAAUGUCUCUUCUCAAUAUUACCUCAACUUUUUUCUAUGGAGAAUAUUGAUUCUCAUAGAAGACAAAUACUUGCUUUUCUAUAUUCACGAUUUAUGCGUUUUGUUAUUUCGUUCGAACUUGAUAAAGAUUAUAUUCUACCAACAUUAGUUAAUGAUGACAAUUUGUUCUUUCCUCAAUCAUCUCAUCUUACUCAUAUUCGUAUCACAUUACGUUACUUCAAUGAUUGUAUUCUUCUACUCAAUCAAUUAGGCGCACAACUUCACUCGUUGAGUGUGAGUGUUACCCUUAUCAAUAUACGACAAUAUAGGACAAUAUCACGAAUGACAUCGACAUCUUGUCCUUAUUUGAAAGAAUUAACAAUAACAAAUUAUCGUAAUAUUUCUGCUGUUGGUGUAAAGAAAUUUGUACCACAUCACUUUAUUGAUGGAUACGAUUUACAAAGAGAUAUUAUUUCUUAUAUGCCUCAUUUACGUCAAUUUCAUUUUCAUAUUCGUUCAAUAGUAGCAUAUGCUUCUCAUAUAGAUAUCGAUACAAUUCGUCAAAGUUUUGUUCAUCAACCACAAUCUGUUGAUUGUGUACUUGAUUAUUUCAAUAAUAGAUGUGGUCAAUAUCAAAUUUUUUCACUUCCAUUUAUUGGUACUCGUCUUGAUUUUAUCUCAAAUCGAUUUCCACUUUUCGAUGAAAAUAAAAAUACUUUUUCAAAUGUUACAACAAUAUUACUUUUUGAUGAUGUCAAUCCUUUUGAAUAUAAUUUUUUUAGACUUGUUUCUCGAGCUUUAUCUUAUCUUAAAUCACUUGAAGUAUUUAAUCGACUUGAACAAGAAGAGAAAACAAUGAUAACAACAAAUUUAAUUGAAUUUCCUCAUUUGGCAACACUUAUCUUGGAUGAUAUACAUAUGGAUUAUGCUGAACAAUUUCUUUGUCGAACUCAUCUUCCAUGUUUAGUAGAACUUCUCAUUCAUUAUGAACAAUUAUCAACAAUAAUCGUUCAACAUCCAGAAGAAGCUAGAAAUAACUGUUCAAAAAUCGAAUUUCUUUAUUUUGUUGAUGUAUCUACUGAUCCAACAGAUUCUCUUCUCCAUUUUUUUCCAAACUUGUACUGUGAAAUUAGUAAAAGUACUUGA